AUGCCAUACUUGUACCACCUUACGUUGACCCAGCCUACGUACAUCCCGCACUGCGUGACGGGCUCGUUCUCGGGCGAGGGCAAGUCGGAGCUGGUGACGACGACGGGACGGAGCCUCUCGCUGUACACCACCCACGCCGAGAGCGGAGCACUGGAGCUGAUGUGUGCGACGCAGGCCUUUGGCCUCAUCACCAACUUGGCCACCUUUCGGCUCACCGGCUCGGCCGUGGAUCACCUACUGAUUGCCUCGGAUUCAGGCAAGUUCAUCAUUCUUGCGUACGAGGCAUCAUCGGCCGGCUGGAAACGUGUCCAUGGCGAGACGUACGCAAAGUCGGGCCUGAGGCGGGCGUCGCCAUCAUACCACCUUGCUGCCGAGCCGCGUGGUCGCGCGGCUAUUAUCGGCGCUCUCGAAGGCGCAAAGUUGGUGUACAUUCUCAAUCGCGACUCGGCUGGCAAGCUCACCAUCUCGUCGCCGGUCGAGGCCAACAUGCCGGAUGUGGCCACCUUUGCCUUGGUGGCGCUCGACAACUCGUUCAACAACCCACUCUUUGCUGCCAUCGAGGCGCCAUACGACGAGGCAGCUGCUCAUGCUGCGGCUGUACCGUCGUCUCCGCCGCCGCUGCAGCUUGCGUUCUACGAGCUCGACCUCGGCCUCAACCACGUUGUCCGGCAUGACCCGCUGCCGCUUCCGCACUCUGCGCACGAGCUCAUUCCGGUGCCUGGCGGCGAGUUUGGUCCAUCGGGUGUGCUGGUGGCGUACCAGGGCGGAAUGGCGUGGAUGAACGAGGGCUACCCGGCGCUCCACGCGGCGUUUCCGGCGCCAUGCGGCGCCGACCUUGUCGUCGCGCACGCCUCGCACCUCCAGCCGUCGAUGUUCUUCAUGCUUGUGCUCACCGAGUCAGGCCACCUCCUCCGAGUCUCGCUCGAGUACGAGGUCGACGAAGCGACCCGCCUUCGGGUCUCGUACUUUGACUCGAUCCCCCUUGCUGCCGACCUCGCCAUCCUCUCGUCGGGCUUUCUCUUUGCGGCCUCGCAGUCGAGCCCGCCGACGCUGUACGAGUUCCUUUCACUCGGCGAGCCGCCAGCUCCCGACGCGCCGGACCAGACCGAGUUUACGCCGGCCGCCGAGCUUGUGCACCUCUACCCGCUGGACACGCUGCCGUCGCUCUCGCCGCUGAUGGACUUUGCAGUUGCGGACCUUGCCGGCGACGGUGUGCCGCAGCUGGUGGUCGGGUGCGGCGCGAGGACCGGUGCGGCCGCGCUCAAUGUUCUCCGGCACGGCAUCGCCGUCUCGGAGCUGGUGGCCUCGCCGCUGCCGGGCACGCCAGUGGCGGUCUUUUCGCUCACCCAAACGAACGCGCCUCGACCAGCCGACGGCAGCGGUGGUGGCGACGACGACGACGAGCAGGCAGCACACCUUGCCGUUUCGACGGCCUUUCUCAUCUUCUCGUUCACCAACGCCUCGCUUGUCCUCCGGGUCACUGACACGGUCUCCGAGUGCACCGACGCUGGGUUCUAUCUGGACGCGCCGACGCUGGAGGCCGGCACGCUCGCCAACGGAGUGCAUGUCCAGGUUCACGCACGGGCGCUGCUCCAGCUCGCGGUCGACGGAAGCGUGUCCGAGUGGAAGCCGCCGGGCGGAACGACGAUCACGCACGCAGCGAUCAACCGCCGGCAGGCGGUAGUGGCACUCUCAUCGGGCCUUGUGCUCCUCUUUGAGCUGGACGUGACCGGGGUGCUGAGCCAGACGGCCGGCGCCGAGCUUCAGCUCGGCCCUGCAGACGAGCUGACGUGCCUCGGGGUGGAGCCGCUACUGCCCGGGCGGGCCAAGUCGCGGUUUGCGGUCAUUGGGCUCUUUGACAACACGGUCCGGCUGCUCUCGCUGGAUCCUGCGGCGCCGUUUGUGCAAAAGUCGCUGCUGGUGCUCUCGACAACCCCGACGUCUGUGGCGAUUAGCCAGCUGCGGCUGAUGGUCGAGUGGUCUGCGGCUGGGCUGGUGCACCUUGUUGUGGGCGGGAGCAACGGAGUUGUCUCGCACUCGUACGUGGACCCAUCGUCGGGCGCGAUUUCCAACACAGCCAACCGGUUCCUCGGCCCGGAGCCGGUGUCUGUCUCCCUGGCGGAGCUUGGCGGGCGGCCGCUGGUCCACCUCGGCUCGAGCCGGUCGUACAUGCUCUUCCACCAGCCGGGCUCGCCAGCCGAGUCUGCGCUUCUCCCGCUCUCAUACGGUGGGCUCAAGGGCGCGGCAUCAUUUGCGUCUGCGCUAGUUGGCAUCGGCCUGGUGGGCAUUGCCGGCAACGAGCUCAAGAUCUUUUCGCUCGAGCGGAUCGACCAGUCGUUCAACGCUGACCCGCACCCUCUGCCGUACACGCCGCGGGCUGUGGUCCACCACCCGGCGUCGCAGCUGUUUUUUGUGGGCAUGUCCGACGCGCGGGCGUACACUCUGCAGGAGCUUGCGGCGGCGGCGGGCCUCGACGCAGGCGAUCCCGAGGCGCUGGAGGCGAGCCGUGCACGCUGCGAGCGGAUUGAGCCGGGUCGGCCGGCGGCGGCGGGAGCAUGGGCGGCAGGCCUCGCGCUCUUUGACGGCUCGGACUCGUCGCUGCUCUGGUGGGGAAACCUGAGCGUGGAGAGCAGCGGCGCCGGAAACGAGGCGCUGCUCUCGCUUGAAGUGGUGACGUUUAGCUCUGACCCGUCGCGGAUUUUUGCGGUUGCAGGCGUGGCGGUGGACUUUGAGCCGCCGCGGACAGCAACGAGCUUCCUGCUGCGGACGUUUGAGCUUGUGUCUGAGGGCGACGCGGUGGGGUUGGUGCAUGUUCAUGACACGGCGGUGCCGGGCCUGCCUGCCGCGCUGCACGCCUUUGGUGGGCUCCUUUUUGCGGGCGCUGGCAACCAGCUUGUCGUGUUCGACAUGGGCAAGACGCGGCUGCUGCGCAAGACCCAUCUGGAGGGCUUCCCGUCGCUUGUUGUGGCGAUCAGCUCCGACGCCGAGACGUCCCGGGUGGUUGUGGCGGACGCGCGCGACUCGAUUCGGGCGCUGGCGUGGGAGCCGGCGUUGCAUGGGCUGCGGCUGAUUGCGGACGACACGCUGCCGCGAGCGAUGUCGCGGGCGCACAUGAUCGACGGGUCGACAGUGGUGUGCGGCGACCGGUUCGGAAACCUGUUUGUGGCGCGGCUGCCGGACGACGACGCGCUGGGGACGGGUAGCUCGGACUCGAUUGCGCACUUUGACGUGGUUAACCACUUUUACGCCGGCGAGCCUGUGACCGCGAUCACGGCGGCGGCGCUGCAGUCGUUCUCGGGGGCGGACAAGGCUGUGCUGUACUCGACAAUUGCCGGGGCGGUGGGCGCGCUAGUGCCGUUUGUCACUCGUGACGACGUCGACUUUUUCCUCCACCUCGAGCUCCACAUGCGGCAGCGAGUCCCGCCGCUCGGCGGGCGUGACCACCUCGCAUUCCGCUCGUACUAUGUGCCGGUCAAGGACGUGGUCGACGGCGACCUCUGCGAGCAGUUUAUGUCGAUCGACUCGACGCUCCAGUGGGAGAUCGCCGACGCCAUCGAGUCGACGCCCGUGGAGAUUGUGCGCCGGCUGGAGGAGGUCCGGGCGCGCAACACGUUUUGA